UGAAGUAAUGAUACGAUGUUGUUACACGGAAGGGAGAAACUUGUACUCGGGCAUGUUAUGUGCUCGUGGAGGUCAAGUUAAAAAAUCUGACGUGCACUUUUAAUGUGCAUAUGUUUACAUAUUCCAGAGAGUAUAGGUCACAGAAUCUCACGCGCUAGUCUUGGCAAACUUCUGAGGACGAAGGUACGAAGAUUGAACAAUGGUCAAGAAGAAGGUCGUGCGUCCGAUCGCGGAAAUGGCACGGAAGAUCCGCGAGUACCGUGCACUGAAGGAACGGCCCCGCGACUCGCAGAAAUACGCGCUGGACUACGAGACGAUGACGCGGCCGUACACCGGGAAGAGGCUGCCCGUCAUGGCCUGGGAGAGCGUGCGGACCGAGAGCCGGCUCUUCUCCCUGAUGGCCGGCCUCAGGCUCUUCGGGGUGGGGCGGCUCUUCACCCGCAAGUCCUGGCUGUCUGAGCACCAGGAGCCCUGCUACUGGAAGAUCACCAAGGUCAAAGUGGACUACACUGCAGAGAACAUGGACCAUGGAAAAGCUUGGGGAAUACUUACCUUCAAAGGAAAGGAGGAGAGCGAGGUGAAGGAGGUGGACAAGGUCGUGUAUCACGACUGGCGCCUGGUGCCGAAGCACGAGGAGGAGGAGUUCAGGCGCUUCGCGCCGGUCCCGGACCAGGACCCCAGGCCCAGCCACGCGGCCUACCCGCCGCUGCUCCGCGCCAUGAUCCUGGCGCGGAGACGCGGGGAGGGACUGGCACAGGAGGCCUGGGAGCCGGCCAUCGACCUGCACCGGAACAUCCUCCUCAACAAGGAGUAUUUCCACAACAAAGAGAAGGAGAAGCAGGGGGGAGUGGCCUCCUGAGAGAGCGCCGUCGGGGGAGAGUGGCGGUGGGAAUGAGAGAGAGAGGCGGUGGGGAAUGUUGACCAGUCCUCACACAGGCCUCUGUUGCUGAACUUGGUGUCUGUGCUGCUUGUGCACGGACGAACGAAUGACUGAGCGACAAGAAACGAACUCGGCAGCAUUUGGGUUAGAUUGUGGGAUCAUGUCAGUUGACUGUCCUGUUUUCUGGUGUCAGGCGAAAGAACAGAAUAUCCAGUUUCAUUGUCUAUACGGUGUGUUGGCUGUACCUCUGUCGUACACCUGGUUUCUGUUCCACUGAAAUAUUUCAAUAAAGUGAAAAAUAUUUAUUU